AUGGCAAGGAUCUCUCUGUUGUUAUUUAUAGCCGUGGUUCUAGCCAUUGGCUCCGUCUCAGCUCACCCACCUAAGAAAAUCAAAAAGAACUUAUGUCCACCUACAUUGUCCCAACUCCAAACUUUCCCCUCCAUCGAAAUCUCUAAGCUCAUCGAAAAGAAGAUCAAAUCCGCACCCAACACACCUCAGUUCAGCACUUUGUUCGCCAUCUGCAAAGGCUACAGCGACUACCUCGCUGUUUUCAAGGUUAAAGCCGUCAAGAGUGCGUUUGGUUCUAUUCAUACCAAAUUCGUUAUGAUGACUGAGGCGAUGUUUGCGGCUCAAGCAGCUGUUGGUGUUGAAGGUGAGCUUGCGUCUGGUGUGCGGAAGAGCUACAAGGUGAUGGCUGAUGGGUUUGUUGAGCUUGAGCAGAUGAUUGCUGAGAUCUCGGCCAAGUAUAAUUUCGAUGCUAAUGCUCAGAUAAGCAUGGCUGACAGGUUCAAGAUUGAGAAGUGUUUGAUUAAGUUGAAGGGUUACAUUAAUGUUUUCGUGAAGGUGAUCACUAAGUGCAGUGCCAAAUUCGCCGGGAAGCCGAUGGGGAACCCCGUUGUAGCCGGUAGCCUUUUCGAUGGUUUCCUCAAGAAGGGUGUCCAACUUGGCGGUAACUUCCUCGGAGCCAUCGGCGGUAAUGCCGGAGCCGGAGUCGGAGGUAAUGCCGGAGCCGGAGCCGGAGUCGGAGGCCUUGUUGGAGGCAUGGUCGGAGGCCUUGUUGGAGGCAAGGUCGGAGGUCGUGGCAGAGGCGGCAAGGCCGGAGGCAAAUUCGGAGGUAAGGUCGGAGGCCUUGUUGGAGGCGAGGUCGAAGGUCAUGCUGGAGGCAACGCCGGAGCUCAAGGCGAAGUUAUAGUCGAAGGUAAUGCCGGAGCUGGAGUCGAAGUCGGAGGCCUUGUUGGAGGCAAGGUCGGAGGCCGUGGCAAAGGCAAGGUCGGAGGUCGUGUGGGAGGCAACUUUGGAGCUCAAGGCGAAGUUAAAGUCGGAGGUCAAGCUGGAGCCGGAGGCAAGGUUGGAGGUAAAGGCAAGGUUGGAGGCAAAGGCAAGGUUGGAGGCAAAGGCAAGGUUGGAGGCAAGGUCGGAGCUCAAGGCGAAGUUAAAGUCGGAGGUCAAGCCGGAGUCGAAUUAGGAGCUAAAGCCGGAGCCAAGGUUGGAGGUAAUGGCAAAGCCGGGUGUGGACCUACGACCGGAGCCAAGGUAGGAGGUAAUGCAGGAGCCAAGGUCGGAGGAAACGUCGGAGCUAACAUCGGAGGAGAAGCCGGAGGAUUCUUCGGGGGAUCCAUGGGGUUCGGAGGAGGAGUUCAGUACGAUGCCGCUGCUAAGGCACAUUUGGGCGGAGGAAGCGUGUUCAGGCCAUUGAGCCACACUAGCAACAAACACUUAGACUGA